GGAGGAGGACGACGAAGGAAGGCGCGGUAGUUGAUACAAACAAAACAAGCGAGUGGAACUCAUUGUGAGAUACGUUUUUUUUUAUUAACUCUACAGUCUUGUCGUGAUAUUGAUUUUACCGAUAGUUGAUAUUCCAAGGUUUCUUUGAUUUGUUCUGUGAACAUUGUCUUCAUUAACAGUAACGAGUGAAUUCAGGUUACUCAGUGGUAUAUCAUCUUAGAAAUAUUAAAAUCUGUCAUUGUGUAUCAAGUUCAAGGUUACCUAGUCCGAGUUCAUCUACAGCGCAUAAAGGAUGGUGUAUCAAAAUAAUGCAUUUAGACAUAGUAGCUUGUAUGACCGAGUGGAGAAGCUACUCCUUUCAUAUGAAUGGAGUGACUGCAAAUUCACCGUGGCCGGAAGGCACUUCAAAGCACAUAAAUUGAUUUUAGGCAUCAGCAGUCCUGUCUUUGAAGCAAUGUUCUAUGGCCCCCUAUCCACUAAUGAAGAAAUUGCUAUUACCGAUAUUGAACCAGACAUAUUCCAACUUCUGCUGAAUUAUGUUUAUACGGACAAAGUUGAAAUGCCUUCUAUUGAACAAGCUUUUGAACUGCUGUAUGCCUCUAGGAAAUAUUUAUUAGAACACUUGUCAGAUCUGUGCAUCGCCUACAUACUAGCUAACAUCAGUACUGAUAAUGUUAUCAGAGUCUUGAAUUAUCCUGAUUAUAUGCAAGAUCAACAGUUGGUGUCAUUUGCUCUAAAGCUAUUUUGUGAGCAUGCACAUUACCUGUUUCAAGAACAUAAAAAUAUGAUCUCACAUUCAUGUAUGAAAAGUAUUUUAGAGAGUGAUCGAAUGAAUAUAUCAGAAAAGGCACUGAUUAUACAUGUUUUUCAAUGGACUCUACAUUACUGCAAACAAAACAAUUUGCCUGAGGAUCUGGAAACUAGACAUAAGAUUUUGAUUGAAAAUGACUUCCUAAAGUUACUCAGAUUUUCAGCUCUUACAAUUAGUGAAUUUGAGGAAAUACUUGAAAGUAAAGACAAUAUUCUACUACCAGAAGAAUCCAAAGAUAUAGGUUCCAUUAUAAAGAAGAAAAAAAGUGAAGAUGAACAUUUGCUGAAUAUUAACAGCCUUCAUUUAAUACCCAGGAGCCCAAUAAAGUUGCAAUGGGACCUCUGCCAUCGCCGGCCACUGCGGUCAGCUGCUCCCAUUAUCAUAGACGCUAACAACAGUGUUAUUAAUAGCAGGGUUAAAGUUAACAAGUCUGUCUUCAUCAACUCACUGUGUAUACCUACAAGAAUGGCCCCAGUACUGAACUUCCGCAAUAACAUCGGCAAUUCAUAUUCUGAACAGUUCUUUGUGACUGUGGAAUGUGAAUCAGAUAAAAGCAUCACUAAACUAACAAAUUUUAUGAACACAGUUGACUAUGACUCUUCUGUUGAAAUCGAGUUGUCUGAGCCAUACUUUAUUAAAAAAGACAAGUGGUAUAAGAUAAUUUUCCAGUGGCCGCAAACAUUCGACGCAAUAACAUAUGUUGUUGAAUACCGUGAUCGAGUUUUUAGUGACCAUAAAGUGAGUUUCGAGUUCGAAGACAUGUCGUCCGGCGCCCGAGUCAGUGGGAGUUUUCUUGGAGGGUUAAAGUAUUGUUUGUAAUUGUAUUUAUUAACAGAAGCUCCAAUUAUUAUUGUAAAUCUCAGUAUUAAUUUUUGAAUAAUAAAUUGAAAUUUGUUGUGUAAAUAAAUUAUUGAUAGCUAAGUA